AUUGCCAAACCUGCAGUAAAAAAUUUAUAUGGAAAAAGUCACUUUUUCGACAUAUUAGCUCCGAUUUUAAUAGAAAGUCAAAUUUUGACUUUAAUAAUUGUAUUAACAUCAUCAAAUGGAAAAAUAACUCACGUAUGCACAUUGACAGCCGCCACAGAUGCAGUAACGAAAAGCACAAGAAUCAGAGUUAAAAGCUAUUCGGAGUUGCUACCACUAACAAACCGCAAAUCUGAUUUGCGUGGUAGCAGACACGAACCUACAACCAGUGGUCCCAAUAACAAUAAAUAUAAGUACGUUUGCGCGUCCUGUAAUAAGCCUUACGUGUACAAAGGAAGUCUCGAUCGUCACGUCAGUAACGAGUGUAACAAUCCGACCAAGUACGCAUGCACAGCAUGUAAAAGAAGCUACAAGUACAAGAGAGAUUUAACUCGUCAUCUUACCCACGAGUGUGGUAAAGAGAAAACUUUGAUUUGCGACAUUUGCCAAUUUUCCACCAAACGAAAGGUAUGCAUGGUAAUUCACAUGGAAUCUUGGCACACAGCCAACGAGGAGGGUAAAACCAAGUACGAUUGUGAUAAGGGCCGAAAAGCUCACGUUUGUGCCGCUUGCGGUAGGAAAUAUAUGCAUAGGGAAACCUUGAGGCGCCACGUGAGGCACGAGUGUGGUAUCAAGCCCAGAUUUCAGUGUAAUCUUUGUACUAUUUCGUACAAACGCAAAGAAGAUUUACAUAAACAUGUCGCCGUUAAGCAUCAUAAUUAAAAUAAUGUUGGAAUUUUAGGGAUCGCUAAAGUUCCUCUUCAAUGUUCUUGCUCUUUGAAUGUUUAUGCUUCUUGCGCUUUGCUGUUGUUUGCUGAAAAUUGAAACGAUCGGCAAGUUCAAAUUUAAAUGUCGGUGUGCCUUGAUAUUUCAAUAAUAAAAAAUGUACAAGUUCUAUUUAAAAGGGUGGCUCAAAGUCACGCUUUCUUGUUAUCUCAGUGUACUCGAAAAUUAAUAAAUGUGAAGAAAUUACAUCGCAGUUUAAAAAUAAAGUUUA